CUUUGUUGCACUAUAGUAGACAUGUGCUUGUGCGCUCAUGUUCGUUGAUUUGUCGUCUAUUUCCUGCUUUGUGCAUACAUAGUAGGUUCAUCGUAUCUAGUGGCGUCGAGCCCUGCAGAGCACCCCCAUCACGCCCCAAACUUCUACCUAAGCUGUCAGGCUUUCUAGGGGGGCGGUGUGAGCAGGUGGAUUGGAAUUUCCGAGGUGAACAAAGGCGUUUGCCCUCGGAUUGGAUCGCACACAACUGCGGUUAACGUCAGCUCGUGGCUGCGCGGCAGCGACGACUGGAGCCAGCAAAGGCCGCCCAGGCGCUUCGAAUCUCGGCGCACGCACGCUUGAUUCGUUCACUGAAGUACUUAGAUUGAAUCGGAUCGAAUCGACUCGGAGAGGACCGAACUGAUUGGGAUUGUGCUGCAUGCUUGGCUCCGACUAGCCCAGCCCAGCCCACACGGCGAUUGACGAACUCAAAUAAAACUUACUCGGCUCUGCGCGCUGCGAGUCGAUAGAGAGAAUAACAGAGAGUCGCCCCGAGCACCAGCCAACGAGCACCAGCCAUGGCGUCAUACAAUGCCUACCGCAACAGGAUGCAAGCGUUUAGGGAAGCUGGCAACAGUGGGCGCUGGAACCCGUUUGCCCAUAACCGCAGCAAAAGCCUGACACUCCCACACACUUAUGAUGAGACCGGCGGUGACCUCGAAGGCCAGCGACUUGGGCCCGCCGCUAGCGCACCAGAGCCACCAAGCUCAGCCGGCAACGAGAGCAAGGAGACGGCAGCCCAUCGCCCGCAGACCGGAGAGUCGAGCGCAGAGCUCCGCCCAUCGGAGCAAGACGCCCAGGAGUCGUCGGCCACCGUAACCCAGCCCAUCCUCCGCCAGAGGACGUCCGCCAGAGAUCAGUCGUCAGAUGCCACGGCCGUGCCCGCCCCGGAGACGGAGAAGCCGAAGAAGAAGAAGAAGAAGGAAAGGACCUUUUUCAAGCACCUCACCCCCAAGGAGCCGUUCACCGUCAGGAACCAGAUCCAACGAACCCUGUUCGGCGGCUGGAUCAACAUCCUGCUGCUUGCCGCACCGGCAGGUAUUGCCAUCAACUACAUCCCCUCCGUCAGCCGGGUCGCCGUCUUUGUUGUCAAUUUCAUUGCCAUCGUGCCCCUGGCUUCCCUGCUCGGCUUCGCCACCGAGGAGAUCGCGCUGCGGACCGGCGAGACGAUAGGCGGCCUGCUGAACGCCACAUUUGGUAACGCGGUCGAGCUGAUCGUUGCCAUCAUCGCCUUGGUCCACGACGAGGUCGUCAUCGUCCAGACCUCUCUGAUCGGCAGCAUCCUCUCCAACCUGCUCCUGGUCCUGGGCAUGUGCUUCUUCUUCGGCGGCCUCCACCGCCAGGAACAGUACUUCAACACCACCGUCGCCCAGACCGCCGCCAGCCUUCUGGCCCUGGCCGUCGCCGGCGUCAUCGUGCCCACCGUCUUCGACAUUUCCAGCAAGACCCCCACGUCUGAUGUCGCCAAGCUCUCCCGCGGCACCUCCGUCAUCCUCCUGGUCGUUUACGGCGCCUACCUGUUUUUCCAACUACACACCCACUCCGCCGUCUUCGCCCAGGAGUCGCAAAAGGUCGAGGCCAAACCGUUCAAGAACCCCAUGCGCAGCCAGGUGCUCAAGGACGGCGCCGUCGCCCAGGGCUUUGUCGCCCCCGCCGGCGUCGCCGGUGGCUACGGUCUGCCGACCAGCCGCACCGACAACGAGAAGAUGCGCGACAUCCUCACCAACCCGCCGCGCAAGAGUCUUCUCCAAGAAGGCGAAGAGGAGGAAGACGACGAAGCCGAGGAGGAACCUCAGCUCCACUUUGCCGUCGCGGUCGCCCUCCUUACCAUCUCGACCGUCGUCAUCGCCUUCUGCGCCGAGUUCAUGGUCGACGGCAUCAGCGCCGUCACGGCCGGCGGCACCGUCUCGGCCGAGUUCGUCGGCCUCAUCCUCUUGCCCCUCGUCGGAAACGCGGCCGAGCACGCCACCGCCGUCACCGUCGCCAUCAAGGACAAGAUGGACCUUGCCAUCGGCGUCGCCGUCGGCUCCAGCAUGCAGGUCGCCCUCUUCGUCAUCCCCCUGCUCGUCAUCAUCGGAUGGGGCAUGGGCAUGGACGCCAUGGCCCUCAGCUUCGACCCCUUCCAGGUCGCCGUUCUGUUCGUCGCCGUGCUGUUGGUCAACUAUCUCAUCGCCGACGGCAAGAGCCAUUGGCUCGAGGGCUUGCUGUUGAUAUGUCUGUAUUGCAUCAUUGCCGUCUGCUCCUGGUGGUAUCCCACUGAACACGGUUCCGAGGGAAGUAAGAGCACGUUGACCUUAUCGUAAUGCAUGCGGCCGGAGCUGGGCACCCCGAGACUUGAGUUGGUUUGGUGGAGUUGCAUGUACAUACAUACAUGUAAGAAAUGCGUUGUUAAAGAUGGGUCCAUAAAAUUUC